AUGACCAAUGAAUCUGUAGAACUUAGAGUUAAAGAACUUAUUAGUAAGCUAAAUCCAAGGACAGUUUAUCAAUACAAAUUAUACCAAUCCAAAUACAUCAAAUGGUAUAAAAAUUAUAUUGUUAAGGACAAUACAACUAACGAUAAUAAGAAAUCAAAUUAUUAUGCAGAUAUUAAAGUUAAUGCUCCUCUAAUUCAUUUAUAUAUUCUUCACCUAUAUGAAACUUCAAAAACAGAAGAGGAAGAGGAAGGAGAGGGAGAAAUCAAUGCGGAAAAGAAUAAGAACACUACUGAUCUUAUUGACCAUAAUUCGGACGAUAAUAUUAACAUAGCAACAUAUCGUAAAAUUAUAUCCAGUUUAAAUUUAUUAAAUAAAAUCAUAGUUAUACACAAAAAUGAAAAAGAACAGUUCGAAGAACAAAAAGAGGAGAGGGAGGAAAAUGCAAAUGCUACAGUAGGCGAAGAAUAUUUAGAAAAUGUCAUAAAAUUAUACAACUUUAAAAAAAACAUCAACACUAACAUCAUCAAUAAAAAACAAUUGUAUCCAACGCCAUUGGAAAUGUCUAUAAAUUUUUAUAAUGAUCAGACUAUUGAAUUAAAUAACAAGUUUCCAAAAUACUUUAGAACAUCCUUAGAGAAAUUAAGGUUUUUAGUAGAUUUCCAUAUUCAACAUUUUACUAACUUAGCAUUUAAAGAAAGAAAUUUGCUACUAUUAAAGGACUUGCAUGUGAUGGAAGGAGAGGAUACUACAUUGUUUGUAACACACGAUUUUGGUGAGUAUAAAAUAUCAAGUUUUUUACCAUCUUCACCGUUACAUCAGGUGUUUGAUAACCCUUUAAUAUCGCUAGCAUGCUACUCUCAUUUACGAUUUUAUGGUGGCCCCAACUACAAGGGUGAUGGAUAUCCUACUUUGAAAAAUAUUGAGGUUGACAAUUAUCCACUGAUUAGAGGCAGAAGUUUUACUAAGCCACCAAUUGAAGAUACAAUGGGACUUUAUUAUAGCUGUGCAUUUCAAUAUUUACACAAACCUUACAAGAAAAAUAAUUAUUUUGCUAAAAAACACACUGGAUUUUUCAAGAAUUUGCAAUGGGCGCUGGAAGAUUGGGAUUAUAUCAAUGAAAGCAAUAAGUAUAUUAAAUCAAAAUUCCACUGUCCUUAUAUGGUUACUGAUGAUUUUUUACAUGUAUACGACUAUUUAGAGGAUACUACUGAUAAAACAGUUGCUCUUUAUCUUCGGGAUAGCUUUAAUAGUCAAUUACCGGAAAAUUUAUUAACUCAAAUAUUCCCUGAAUCCGACGAUAACAGUUCUCAUUCCGCUUUAGAAUUUAACAAGGUUAUGAAGCUUUUACGAAGAUAUUUAUUAUUUGGGUUACCUAUAAUCUAUAGAAUAUUUCCCCAGCAUGAUAUAUUUCAAAGUAAAGAUGGACUCUUUUCAAAACAAGAAUUUGUUAAAUUUUACAAAACCAUUUUGGAAAAAUAUGAUCGAGAAAAUCCAGGGAUAUGGAGUAAUUAUAAUUUGGGCGAUCUGGUGGAAAAUUAUACCCCGAUUAAUAUACCUACUCCUGCAAUUAGCACCUUGGGGCCUAUACCAAUACAAGACACUAACACAAAUCCUUCCAUUGGCAACAACACUUACACUACCAUGGAUCACAAUUAUGCUCUGGCUACUGGUGCUAAAAAAAACGAAUCAAUGCUACCAGUUCAUAGGAUCGAUUCUAACACUAUAGUGGAAUUUACAAAAUAUCAGAUACUUUCAAAUUUUAAAACUCUCAUUGGAAUGUUGCAAACCUGUUUUAAUAGAUUUCAAAAUACUACAGGUGUUACUAAUAAUGGUAAUAUAGCUCUUAUUGAGGGCAGUCGCAGUUCUGCAAAUAAUAAAAUUGUUAGUCCAAAAAAAUUUAAUCGUCAUUGUCCCUUUAUUGAGGCUUCGCAAUUUUCCAGUGUUUUACAAAUUAUUGAGAACCAAUUGGAUGCCGUUAAUAUUAAAGAUUUACAUGUAGCGGAUACUAGUAGUUUUAAAGGCAUAAGAUCAAAGAAAAAGUUAAAUCAGGAAAAUAUUGUUAAUAGUGGGGAUUCUGAAGCGGAUUUUUUGAAACAAGAACAUGAAGUUGAGAAGUCAAAUCACAUUGUAAAAAAUAAAGGUGCUGGAAGUGACGGAGAUGAGAGUGAAGAAGACGACGACGACGACGAUGAUGAUGAAGAUACUGAAGCUCAAGAGCUACAACGAAUGAUUGUGGAAAUAAUUAAAAGAGAACUAAGGGCAAAUAUGACCUUAGAAACCAGAAAACUCACACAAAUGUUUAAUAAAUAUAAGGAAGAUCUAAUAGCAGAAAUCAUUGAUGAAUUCCAGAUGAGGUAUAAAGAAGAAAUAAAAGAAGAAAUACGUAAAGAGUUAAAGAAUGAUUUGAAAAAUGAGAUAGCAAAUGAAAUUAAAGAGUCUUUAAAAAAUGAAGUUUUAAAUUCCGAGAUAAAGGCAAUAACUAGAGAAAAAUCAUUGUCACCAAGGAAGAGGGGGUUAUUGGACUAUGAAAGCAGUGAUAUUGUUACCAUUCAAACUAAAAAUACUGAUCAGAACAACCUUAGGUAUGAAGGUCUCGGUACUUCACCACGCAAAAAACAUACAUUAGCCCGAACAAGAAGCACAACAAACAUGGAAAAUAAUAAAAAAAUAAGAUUGGACAAUGAUGCUGACAAGGACAAGACGAUUGUUUUCAAAAUGAAUCCAGAUAAAAAUUUGGGUGUUGAGGAUAUAAUUCUAGAAUGGUACUCGCCAAAUGAAAAGUAUGGAAACGAAUGUGUCCAUUCUACUAAUAAAAGGCUAGGGAAGCACUGGAGAUUGCAAGGCGUUAAUGCAGAAAUGUAUAAAAUAAGAAAGCCUGUCGUGGAAUGCUACAUCAAUUUUGUCAAUAAUCUAGGAGUUGAUAGAUUUGAGGCUCUAAAUAUAAUGAAAGAGUUUUGCAGCAACAAGUUCAGUGACGAUAUACCGUCGUUUAGUGAGUUUUUGAAAAACCACAAGAAAAAUACUGGUAUGAAUUGGAAAAAGGAAUGA